CGGGGCAGGGGCGGGGAAGGGCGGAGCGCUCUCCGGCCCGGGAGCGGUUCCGGGUCGGGAAGGCGGGAUCUGCGGCGGCACCGGGGACCGCGGAACGGCGGCGACAUGCGGUUCCGCUUCUGCGGGGACCUGGACUGCCCCGACUGGGUGCUGGCCGAGAUCAGCACCCUGGCGAAAAUCUCCUCGGUGAAGCUGAAGCUGAUCUGCGCCCAGGUGCUGCGGGACCUCCUGGGGGAGCCCAUGGAGUAUGAGAAGAUCCUGAAGCUGACCUCAGAUGCAAAGUUAGAGUCAGGGGACGUGAAGGCGACCAUCGCUGUCCUCGGCUUCAUUCUCUCCAGUGCAGCCAAGCACAAUGUAGACAGCGAGUCCCUGUCAAGUGAGCUGCAGCAGCUGGGGCUGCCCAAAGAGCAUGCCAGCGGGUUGUGUCGUUCCUAUGAGGAGAAGCAGAGCUCCCUCCAGGACAGCCUCAGGGCCUGUAGCCUGCGAUUGAGCCAGCUGGGCUUGGUGCGCUGGCGGGUGGAUUACACCCUCAGCUCCAGCGAGCUGCAGGAGGUCAACGAGCCCCUGGUGCAUUUGACAUUCAACGUGCAGAACAGGGAGUGUGGGAGAACGACGGCUGUCUCCAUGACCGUCUCGGCUGACAAGUUCCGGGUGCUGCUGGCAGAGCUGAAGCAAGCCCAGACCCUGAUGAACACCCUUCUCUGAGGAGCCAGCCUCCCAUGGUGGGAGUCACGGACACCGAGUUGCUGGGUCGGAUCUGGUGCUUCUGGCUGGGAAGGGGGAUUUUUCCCUGCUCUCCUGGCUUCUGGGGACCCUGGGGGUAGCUUCAAUAAAGUCCCAGUGACAAAGCCGAGCCGUGU